AUGGGCAUCGACUUCACCGGCGGCUCCACGAUGACCAUCAAGUUCGAGAAUCCUGUUACGCAGGACAUACUGAGGUCUGAAUUGACGCGCAUCGGCCAGGUUGACGCGACGGUGCAGAGCUUUGGGGACAACACUUAUUUCAUCCGCACGCGAGAACUCUCGGAUCAACAGAAGGACGGAUUGGUGGGCGCCCUAGAGGCUAGUCUGUCGCCCCGAUGGCAUAGAUGUGUCGUCCGACUUUGUGUCGCCGGUUGUGGCACGAGACACUAUACUGAACGGCAUCUACGCUGUAAUUGCAGCAGCAUGGGGAUAUUUGCGAUUCUCGGCAACCUGCUAGGGCUGGAAGUGAACACGAUGUUCCUGGUCGCGGUGUUGACGGUCAUCGGAUACAGCGUCAAUGACACCAUCGUAGUCUUCGACAGACUACGUGAGAAUGUAAUCAACUAUGGCAACCGCGGAUUCACGCAGAAUGUGAAUGUGAGCAUAUCUGAGACGAUAGGGCGCUCGCUGAACACGAGCUUGACGCUGCUGAUAGUGUUGGUGGCGCUGCUACUUUUUGGCGGGGCAACGAUUCGCACUUUCCUGCUUGUGCUCAUCAUCGGCGUUGUCGCGGGGACUUACAGUUCGAUUGCGGUUGCGAGCCAAGUAUUGGUGGCUUGGGAGAGCGGGGAUUUCAGGCGGAUGUUGCCGUUCGGCAGGUCGGCUGCAGCGUAG